ACGGGACAGCGGUGAUCAAAUUUCCGUCUGCAAAUAAUAUAAUAUGGAAUUCACCGGGCGUUCUCUAGUCAUCCGUCUUCUACUCUCUUCAAUUCCGCCAUUGCCGCCAUUACACAGCCUCCUUCCACCACCGUACCUGCUGCCAUUACGGAGCAUCGCGCAAGAGCCAAAUGCUUCUGCAACAUCGCUGCUCGCACUUGCGCCUUCCGCCGUCGCCACCUCGUGGACUCUAUCGGAGUAUUCCGUUUUCGACUUCCAGGAGAACAUUGACAUGUCCACGUUGGCGGAUUGACCAUUCGAAUUUCAAUGCACGCCCUCUCAUUGCCGGUGGGACACGGGAAGCCUGUUCGCAUAGGAAACUUGGUGGGGUACAUACUAUAACGUGUACAAGCAGUUUAAAUGACCAGAAUGCCAGUGUAGAUAGAGUUAAUCCGAAUAUAUUUUCUCAGGGUACCCAAGCUAAAGUUGCGGUCAAAGUUAUAUUUGGAUGCUGCCUUUUCAGCUUGACACUAACCUCUGCUAAAUCUAUAGGCAAAACUGUCCAAGAGAUAUUUCCCUGUCUCGUUCAAAAUGUUGGGGAGUUUAGCUUGCCAUUUGCAAGUGUAUCCAAUACCUUGAAUAAACCGACACCCCUUCAGUUGGAUGUAUACUUCCCUGCAUUUCAUGAAAUCAAAUUGAGUUUCGCACGACUGAUAUACCUAUUCAAUAUCCAACUCGAAAGAAAUGUUGGCACGUUCUUAGUGGUGCUCCUUGUGGCAUGCAUCUCAUUUAUUUUGAUGGGUGGUUUUCUGUUCUUCAAGCUCAGAGGUAGCACUCAGUCUCUGGAGGACUGCUUAUGGGAAGCAUGGGCAUGUCUAUGUUCCUCAUCCACUCACUUGAAACAAAGGACACGAGUUGAACGUGUUAUAGGGUUCAUUCUUGCAAUAUGGGGCAUAUUAUUUUACUCACGUCUACUCAGCACAAUGACAGAACAGUUUAGGCAUAACAUGCAAAAGCUGAGGGAAGGUGCACAAGUUCAAGUUCUAGAGUCUGAUCACAUCAUCAUUUGUGGUGUCAAUAGUCAUUUGGCUUUUAUACUGAAGCAGCUAAAUAAGUACCACGAAUUUUCUGUCCGCUUAGGUACUGCGUCUGCUAGGAGACAGAGAAUUCUUCUCAUGUCUGAUCUUCCAAGGAAACAAAUGGACAAGUUAGCUGAUAAUCUUGCCAAAGAUCUUUACCACAUUGAUGUUCUUACCAAGAGUUGUAGCCUCAGCUUAACAAAAUCAUUUGAAAGAGCUGCUGCCAGUAUGGCCCGAGCAGUAAUUAUACUACCAACAAAAGGAGACCGGUAUGAAGUUGAUACAGAUGCAUUUCUCUCUGUUCUUGCCCUUCAACCCAUUGCAAAUAUGGAGUCCAUCCCAACUAUUGUUGAGGUUUCUAGUUCCAAUACCUGUGACCUCUUAAAGUCGGUCACAGGACUGAAAGUAGAACCGGUGGAGAAUGUUGCCUCUAAAUUAUUUGUCCAGUGUUCUCGGCAAAAGGAGCUCAUCAAAAUUUACAGACACUUGUUGAACUAUCGAAAAAACGUAUUUAAUCUAUUCAGCUCCCCUAAUUUUGUUGGUCUAAAUUAUAAAGAACUUCGCCAAGGAUUUCAUGAGGCAGUUAUUUGUGGUAUCUAUAGAAAUGGGAAGAUACACUUUCAUCCAAAUGAUGAUGAGAUUCUGCAGCAAAAUGACAAGGUGCUGUUCAUUGCACCUCUCCUUGGAGGACAUAAGGGAGGAGGUGGUCAUUCAAAUGUUACUAAGGAAGGAAGUAAUACCAUUAAAAAGCUGGAAAGUAUUAAAAAUAGUAAUGUAGGUUUACGUCAAUCUCUAGAAAUAUAUAGAAAGGAAUUCGAGAAUAUGAUCAAACAUCCAACAAAACCCUCUUUCAAGCCUUUAGACAAGACUAUAGGACCAAAAGAAUGCAUACUUUUGCUAGGUUGGCGCCCAGAUGUUGUAGACAUGAUCCAAGAAUAUGACAAGUAUCUUGGACCUGGUAGUGUAUUGGAAAUCUUAUCAGAUGCACCAUUUGAUGAAAGAAAAAGAGCUUACAAAGCUGUGGACUGUAACAAGUUCAAAAAUGUCAGAGUUUCUCACAGGAUAGGAAACCCUAUGGACUAUGCUACCUUAGAGGAAACCCUACUAAAUAUUAGAAGUUCUUUCAAUAAAAGUGAGGAUGUUCCGUUGUCCAUCGCUGUGAUAUCCGACAGGGAAUGGCUUCUUGGGGAUCCAUCUAGGGCUGACAAACACUCAGUAUAUACUCUUCUCCUUGCUGAAAGUAUCUGUCAGAAACAUGGAGUCAAGGUUCAAAAUCUUGCUGCAGAGAUUGUUGACUCCAAAUUGGGGAAACAAGUAACAAGAAUAAAACCUUCCCUGACGUACAUAGCAGCAGAGGAAAUAAUGAGUCUUGUCACAGCUCAAGUGGCAGAGGAUAGUGAACUAAAUGAAGUAUGGAAAGAUAUUUUAAAUGCGGAAGGUGAUGAAAUUUAUGUGAAGGAUAUCAGCGGCUACAUGAAACAAGGGGAGGAUCUCUCAUUUUCAGAACUUGCUGAAAGAGCACAUCUAAAGCAAGAAGUAGCCAUUGGCUAUAUUAAAAAUAAUAGACAGGUAAUCAAUCCAAUUCCUAAGUCUGAACCGAUCUCUCUUGAAUUAACUGAUUCGUUAAUUGUUAUAUCGGAGCGCGAAUGAGAAAAAUGUUCUCUUCCAUCUCUAUUUGUAGUGUUUAGUUCUUAUAUUAUACAAUGCAACAUUGAUUUUGUUCUCCCUCUUAUAGUAUAGAAUAGAAAGUCACACACAAAAUUGUCAAAA